AUGCCCGCGCCAACCGCCCUGAAGCAGGCGGAGGAUACCCCGCUUGCCACCAGUGUUCCACUCCCAGCAGAUAACGAUGAGGAAUUCCUGCUAGAUGCGCCAGACACUCUGCCGGAGGAUGGCAGCGCCUUUGCGGUUGUGGAAGAGGGCAGCAGCGACGAUGGUAUGGCCAUCGAUGAGGAGGGACGGCCUCGAUUUGCGCCGGCCAAAGACAUUGACCCGGUUACCCGAGUCGAGACUCGCAAGAUCCCUAUCCCCCCUCACCGAAUGACACCGCUGAAGAAGUCGUGGCCGACCAUCUACCCUCCCCUUGUCGAGCACCUGAAGCUGCAAUGCCGAAUGAACAUCAAGCGAAAGACUGUUGAGCUGAGGACCUCAAAGCACACUUCGGAUACAGGUGCGCUUCAAAAGGGCGAGGACUUUGUCAAGGCCUUCACCCUUGGCUUCGAUGUGGACGACGCCAUUGCCCUGCUCCGACUAGACGACCUCUACAUCGAGACCUUUGAGAUCAAGGAUGUGAGGACGAUGCACGGCGAUAGCGGGGCUCGAGCUAUUGGUCGUAUUGCCGGCAAGGACGGAAAGACCAAGUUUGCGAUUGAGAACGCCAGCCGGACCCGAAUUGUGCUUGCUGACUCCAAGAUCCACAUUUUGGGUGGAUUCAAGAACAUUCACAUUGCUCGGGAAUCAGUCGUCAGCUUGAUUCUCGGAAAGCCUCCUGGAAAGGUCUACGGCAACUUGAGGACGGUGGCUGCGCGCAUGAAGGAGCGCUUCUAG